AUGACGCCUGACGCCACGAAUACUUCCAGCUCUGGACUCCAAUGGGCUGACCGGCUGUGCCACCACACUCAAAUAUUCCCGGAUCACUCCGUAACCAUGUUGAGGAUCGUAAGCCUGGCAGUGACUCUGGCCGUGUGUGUAGCACGACCCAACCAAUGGGACGACCAGCUAGGGCUCUUCCCUGCUGACGGCGGGGACUCUCAGCCCAUCUUGCCUCGCGCCGUCGCCAACCCUACCACGCCCAACCAGAUACUCGACGCAGUGCUCGAAGGAGCUAUCGCAUACAUGGAAACAUUGGGGUGGUGUGACUCCAAAAACGUGCAGAACGGAGAGUCAGACCUUCCCUUCCAAGUUAACUCUGACGGAAGCAGCUCCGAGAACUUCAGCAUCACUAAGGCCAACGUGACUGGACUGUGCUCCCUGCGCCGCUCCAAGUCCGCUUCCUUCAACGUUGAUCAGAGUGUGCUCACCGGUUCAGUUGUGGUGGAAAACGCUCGUACCAACGCCGACUACACGGUAACCUUUGCCGGUGUUGGAGAAGCUCCAGCCCAGACUGUUUCUGGUCAAGUUGUAGAGCGUGUGGACAAGCUGUUCGCCGAUAUCCAGAUCAACUUGUUAAACCUUGUGCCUCAGAACAUCGCCAGCUACAGCGCAAGAUCGGGUCAUGACCUGCUUGAAAGCGCAAGCAACUUGGACGGCAAUGAUAUGAAGGACGUUCACAGCGCCGGCUUCAGGAAGGCUUUGCGAGAGAUCGUAGAGAAAACCAUGUCUUCCAACGUCAAGGUGCAGAUUAACAAGUCCAUCCAGGAUAUGAAGAAUGCUUGAUCUGCCAACGUCAUUAUGAAAUUGUGAGUGUACGGAGAGACAAAUAAACACUAGCGAU